AUGAUGAUUGAGCAAGAAAUCUUCAGGAUUGGACGAGACCCGGAUGCCAACGCUUUCUCUAUUCAGACCGACUCAGAAAACCUCGUGUCUCGGAAUCACUGUGAGAUAUACGUGAUUGUCUACGAACCAUCAGUUAACCACGUUUACGUGAGAGAUCGCAAGUCUAUCAAUGGAACUUUUGUCAAUGGCCACAUUAUUGGCGUUGGCCCCCAAAUCUCUUCUGGAUAUCUCUUACAGGAUGGUGAUUCCAUUGAAAUUCGACCCCAUUGGAAGUUCAUAUUCCACCAACCUCGAACGCCUCCACCUCGGCCACUAACGGCCAUUCAGAAAGACGAAUGCCGAGUGUUUGAAAACGAAUAUACCAUAUCUCCACGAUGCCUUGGCACCGGCGCGGAGGGAGCUGUCUACUUGGCCACCGAAUCGAAAACUAAGCGGCAGCUUGUCUGCAAGCUAGUCAAUCUGGGUAGACAAGAUGGCAAGAUACCUCGAGAGGAAUUAUAUCGCAAGCUUCAGGAGAUUGAUGUUCUCCGUCAGCUCAAGCACCCCAACAUCUUGCCCUACAUUGACGCUGUUAUUUCUCCGCACUCUCUGUACAUUUUCACGGAGCUUGCGUCCGGAGGUGAUCUUGUCUCCUUCAUCAAUCGCCAUGAAUUUGUUCAAGAGCUUGACUGUCGAAUUAUUCUCCGACAAGUGGUUCGCGGCCUCGCCUACCUUCACAGAAAGGGCAUCAUCCACAGAGACUUGAAGCCGGAGAACAUACUGCUGGCGUACUCCCCCAAGAUAGCCUACCAUCGAAUUAUGCUGUCGGAUUUUGGUGCUUGCGCUGUUCCUCGCCGCAGCCGAAUGGUGACGGAUAUUGGCACAUUUGAAUACAAGGCUCCAGAACUAUUUUCAACCGGAGAAGCCCAAACUACCGCCGUUGAUGUGUGGUCACUUGGCCUUGUCGCGCUGCGAUUGCUGACCUCUGAUGUGGAGAGCUUCGAAAAUCUGACUCGCAUAGAUCAACAAUCCAUUGAACAGAUGGUGAAGGCUAUGAUCAAAGAAAUCUCGCCAAAACGUUCCUCGAAUAGCCAGAGAUUUACCUUGGCAUGCCUUCAGCUAACACCGGUAAACCGAAUAACUGCUGCUGAGGCAGAAUGCCACGAUUGGUUUUGUACACCGCAAAAGCACUUUGAAUUCUUUCAACAGCUUGACAGACGGUGCUUAUCAGACCUGGGCGACGACACUCAACUCAAGCCAAUGCCCUGGGACUUGGCUAGCCUUCAAUCUCCUCCACUCACAUCAGCACCUACCAAAUUAUCUACUACCAGUGCUCAUAAAUCGAUACGGUGGAGCUCGCCACCUUGCACAGACACGUCGGGAUACUUUCGAGGUCUCCAACAAGACAUGAAGGCGGCUAGGGUAGGGCCCUUGACGGGGUUGUCAUCACCACCGCAUGGAACUGGUGUGCUAACAUAUAAGCCUAAGCUGGCAAAAGAAAGCCCCAAUGUGACUCAAAACGAGGAACAGAUCCAGAAUACACCACUUUGGGAUCGUCGUGGCGAAGACCGCAAGCCAGAGACUCGAAUCAUGACACCCCAUCAACUGCGAGUUUGCGAUGUGCUUCAGCUCCCUCUGCCUGGCCUUGACAGGCACUUGAAGCCACCACACUCCAAGACUCAUAGACAAGAUGUUUUGGCAGAGCUGAAGAGACUGGAUGCAAAAUUUUUGACUGAUACCAUGCAGGCUGCUAUGGAGAAUGGGGACACUGGAGGCGAGGAAAGUAAGGGCUUCACUCAUGCGGGGAAAAAACGGCAAUCUCUCCAGUGA